CCAACAUUUUUACUCAUUAAUGGAUAUGACUUCAAAUGUAAGUGAGUAAAUUUAAUCAAAACAAAUUCAAGUAAAAGUAAAGUUCAGGUUUUGUAAACAAUUUAAAGGACAAUUUAGACAAAUUGUAAAUACAUCAAUAGAUAUAAAUGUAACUACUGUCCACCCUGUAUGGCAGAAUAUAUAUAUUUUUCCCAUUGUGAAGUGUUUCUAGUUUCUGUGUUAUCCAUACAGGUAUGCAACAGUACAGUAAAACAUUAAUGUUUUUAUUUGUUUUGAUUUGCACAAUGAGGCACAGAUGAUUUUCGUCAUAGUACCAGCAAGAAUUUAAAACUACUUUCAUUACCACUGUUAUUACUAAAUACAUGAAGCUUCAUAAAUACGAAGUUCAUCACUUCCAAUAACCUACUUUAAGUAUUUCUAGAUGUGAUUUUUUUUUGUUUUUUGUUUUUGUCCAUUUUAAUUUCCAAGAAUUUCUACAUGAACAUAUUCUUCUCUGCUUGUGUCUGGGUCUUUAUGCAAAUAUCUGGUGUAAAGCAGCUUUUCAAAAAAUCUCUGUGCUGUUCUUUCACCCAGAUCCACACCUGUUUAUCUAUGGGUGUUGCUGUUGGCUUGGGGAAGAUGAAACUCUCUAGUGUCCCGAAUUCUUGCAUUAGUGUCCUAAAAAACCAGGAUGUUGCCACUAACUUCAGCUCUGGUCUCCACCAGCACUUCACAGAGGUUUCAGGAGGAAAUGGUUGGUUGGGGGAGUUUUCAAUUUCCCAAAAUGAUUCCAUGGGCUUCAUGAAGUGGCUAAAGAGCCUGAAAGAACAUCCAGAUGUUGUUUCGUACUCCCUUCGAUCUCUCUAUCAUCUCAUGCCGAAUGAGCUCCUAAAGGCAGCAGUGAAAGCUGCUAUUGAGCAGUAUUUGAAGGACAAUGCUUUGAAGAAAUCACCCGAAGAGCCACACUGUGAGGGAUCUACUCCUGAUUUGUCCUCUAACUGUUGCCCUCUGCACGCCUCAAGGGGAACUCUAGCAGUGAGCAUUGUUCAAGGCUGGAAUCUAUAUGGAGAUGUCAUUGGAAAAACUGAUGGCUAUGCCAAGAUCUACUAUGGUUCCAUACAACGCAAGACCCAAGUCAUCGAAUCCAAUAAUCCGUGGUGGAAUGCUUGGUUUCUUUUUGGCAAGGUUGACACAAGCCUGGAAUUGAAGAUUGAGGUUUGGGAUCAGGACUCGAAAUAUGACGACCUUCUCGUACAGUGCGCAAAGUACCUGAGCCCUGGCACUCACACUUUCACGUGCAAAGGAAAGCUUGGAAACGUUCAGGUUAACUAUACACUGAAAUGUGACCCGUAUCUGACUGGAGAAAAGUGCAGCCAUUAUAAACCAUCUCCUUAGUUACAUGAGAUUGGUGUAGCAUUUCAUUUCAUCACAUAACUCACUAAAUCUGGUAGAAACUCACAAUUUAAACAUAAUUGCUCAACUUCAUUAAAGACCUAGCCACAUAUGUAUUUCUCAUACAAU